AUAGGUGCGGUGGGCGCGUAAAGUGAAUCGAGGGAAAAAAAUCGUGCGACUUGCGCUGUGCGCUCGUAUUUACAGCAAAAUAAAUAACUGGGGACCUCGGAGUUCGAUCGUCUCGACAAUAAUUUAUUACAAGAUCGGAAUGAAGUAAUUCUCAAAACAUAAAAUUACGUAAUCUUAUGGUUGUGUGUCUUUUAGUGUUGUGUAUGUAAAUAAACAAUUAUUUUUCAAUAAUAAAACUAUUUAAUUCGUUGAACGAUGACUGUUAAUUCCUGAAUUCCAUUAGCAGUUUAUUGGUUGAAGCAAAAAUGUCUUUAAAGAAGGAGUCUCGCACGGACGUGCAGUUCCACCUGGCGGCGCUACGCGGCGACUGCGAGCGCCUCAAGCAGCUGCUGGACACGGGCAAGGUGCACAUCGACUCCAGGGACAGAGAUGGCACCACGCCGCUGAUCCUGUCAGCGGCCAUGGGUCACACGGAGUGCGUGCGGGAGCUGCUGGCGCAGGGCGCCGACCCCGCCUGCUGCAGGACGACAGGGACGAGCGCGCUGUUCUUCGCGGCGCAGGGCGGCUUCCUCGACAUCGCGUGCCUGUUGGUGGACUGCGGCGCCGCCAUCGACGCGCCCAGCACGGACGGCGGCACCCCGCUGUUCGUGGCGUGUCAGUGCGGACACCUGCCCGUGGUGGAGGAGCUCAUCCGGAGGGGCGCCAACGUCAACUCCUGCAUGAAGGACAAGGCGACGCCGCUGUUCAUAGCGGCACAGAACGGACACGAGGAGGUGUGCCUCGCGCUGCUGGCGGCCGGCGCCGCCGUGGACGCCGCGCGCGCCGACCGCGCCUCGCCGCUGUGGAUCGCGGCGCAGUGCGGCCACCAGCGAGUGGCGCGCGCGCUGCUGGCGGCCGGCGCGCACGCCGACAAGCUACGGCAGGACGGCGCGACGCCGCUGUUCAAGGCGGCGCACAAGGGGCACGGCGCGGUGGUGGCCGAGCUGCUCAAGUACAAGCCCAACCUGGGGAUACUGCCGAACGGUCAGUCGGCCCUGCACGGCGCGGCCAUGUUCGGGCAGCUGGCGUGCGUGCGGCUGCUGGCGCGGCGCCGCGUGGCCGUCGGCAGCGACGUGGUGCCGGUGACCACUCUCCGCAACGCCGCCGGCCUCACCGCGCUGCAGGCCGCCGCCAGCGCCGGCAAGCGGGACGUGGUCGCCUACCUCAAGCAGCUGGAGCACUCGUGAUAUACGACUCACACCAUGUAACUGCCACCACUCACCAUCUCCAUUCUCAUUACGUUCAUGUCAUAGCAUUGUGUAUUGGAUCCAAUGACUAAGGAACACUCGUAAUACCAACCGCGAGUGAUAUUGUGUGGUGCCAUCUAGUAUCGUUAAACGUAAACCAUAGUUGACCGAUAGAUGGCUUUAUUAUUAUUAGGCAAUUACGUAUUGUUGCCAUCGCUCGCGGUGUGUGGCGCCAUCUAGUAUCGUUAAACGUAAACCAUGGGCAUCCGAUAGAUGGCGCUAUAAGCAAUACGUAGUAAUCGAGUUUGGCUAAUGAAAUAUUCUUGUCUAUGAUGAAAGUAAACUGAAAGCGCCCGUCAAAUUUAAAAAUAAUUCUGAAAGUUAUAAUGCAAAUAUUCAAUUAACUGAGUUUAAUACUUACUUAUAGGUAGUAAUGUAUUCACAAACAAGAAAACAAAUUAUGAAAAGCAUGCUUUUUUUAUUUUGUUUAACUGUUUUUUUUUUCAUUUGAGGGGCGAUUUCAGUCUCUACUUUCAUUAGCAAGACUCUAUGUAUGUAGGUAUAAUAUAAAAAAACUGAUUUUAUACAUUACCCAUCUAACGUCCAUUGUUAGCAUUUCCAAAAAUAAUUCGGCGCAUACUCCCAACAAUACCUAUUCAUAUCAGUGGAUCUUUUUGCCAUCAACUUCUUGUAUUGUCAGUGUAUGUGUAGUGGCGGGCGGGCGACGGGGGGAAAGACUACGCGGGUGUGAAAUCGUGCGUGCGGGAAUAUGAGGUGCAUCAGUCGUGGGUUUUUCAUUUAUCGCUACACGCCCUCCGGCCCGCGUGGACCAUUGAGUGUUACGAACGAAGUUGCCAAGCUAUAGCGCCAUCUAUGUGUCGAUAUAUAAAUAAACGCGUGUUCAAUUUAUGCUCGCGGCUUUUGUAUCGGUUUUUAAAUAAUUUUUAUAAAUCGGUAGUUCCUGUAAAUAAGUUUCGAAGUUCCUAGGAAAUUGUUUAUUUACAGCCAUCUUGGUGUACAUUGAUUUGUAUGUCGGUAUUAUUUAAGAGGUGUAUAACUUAUCGACGAGCAAAAAUCUUGUAAGAAAAUAUAUAAACUCUCUCAUAUUAUGAUAUCAAAUUAUCAAGUAAUCACAUUGUAGCGUCGCCUUAUAUGUAUACCUCACGUAAUAGCAAUAUAUUGACUAAAAAUAAUUAUUUUUUAAUAUAAAAUGUCUGUAAAUAAAGCAAUAUUUUAUAAACCGUAUUUAUUCAACAGAAAAACACAAAGAUUCGCUUCACAAAGAGCUUAAAAUGGGCUUAUUUUAAAACUGAGUCAAAUUAAAGUAAGACACAAAAAGAGAUACCAUUUUUGGAAAACUACAAUCAUUAUGUAGAUAAAUGUCAAUUAUUGACACAAUUAUACAAAGGGACUUAUCGCGUUAUUUUUUUUGUAUAUAAUUAAGAUUUGAUAGAUUACUAUCACCUAAUGUUAAGAUAAACGCGCGCUAAUCAUCUAACCAGAGGAUUACAAGUUAAGGUUAAUCUUCUGUAUUCUGAGGGUUAAUCCUAACCAGAACUAGGUUUUCAGGUAAAAAUGUAGUAAAAUCGUUAUCAAAAGGCUCAAGUCUUGACAUCAGCUACCUAAGCUUGAUACCUUUAUAUGUAAGAACCUACACAUAAAAUACCUAUAUAUGUAAAUAUUAAUAUAGUAAUGAAAUGUACAUGCAAUAAUAUCGUAACACUACACGAAUUAUUAUAAACAUAUAAUAACUUACUAUUUUAAUACCUAAAUGUUAGAUAAUAUUGUUUUGUUUUAAGCAAUAAUUAUAUACUUACUAUAUUUGUAUAGGUACUUUCCUACAAUGUUAAUAAAAGUGAAAAAUCAGAAAUAUAAUUUUCUCUAUGAGAUGUGAAAUCGGAACCAUGCAAGAUUAGGAAAUGCAUAUUAUUGUAAAGUAUUUUAGCAGACUCAGAAGUGAUUACAAAAAUAAGAAAACUAAUGUCGAACAAAGGUUAUGAUUCAUAACAUUUGUUAGAACAACUUAAUUAACAAAUCAAACUGUAACCAAAAUAAGACCCUAGAAUGGCAGAGAAUGACCUUGAGUGAAGUCACGCACUUGUGAACGUUGUGUGUAGGGUUAAAAGGUACCUUUGACUGUUAACAACCACUCCCCUUUUCCACUCAAGUCACUCUUCCCGCCUAUCCCAAGUAACCCAUAAAUUACACAACAAGAGAUGUGAACAGCUCGAACGCCACGAGCACACUGAAGCCGUAUCGCAAGUCGUUGCAACGCGGCGAUAACAAGUAUAACAAUAUCACAUUAUAAAACACAAUUGUUAUGUUCUAUCAUGGUAUUUAAAAAGGAAAGCAAAACUAUUUAACUAUGACAGAAACAGAGACAUGAAAAAAUAAAACUCAACAACUCUUCUGUAAAGUACUUUUUUUUCACAGAUUAAUUAUAGUCUGUGUAUAUCCAUUGGCCGCAACUUGACUUUGUGCUUAAAGCUGAAACUUUCACACCAAAAAAUAAUUGUCAACUCCAACCAGCCCACAAGUGGAAUAUAAUUGCACUUCAAGUAUAACUUUGUCUUCACCAGUUGCCAUUUUUAACCGACUUCAAAAUAAAGAAGGUUUUCAAUUCGACGCGUAUGUUUUUUGUGUUUGUUAUUAUAAUAUGACUAUUAAAAAAAACAAAACAAGUCCACAUUUGAAUAAAUUUCUUUAUUUUUAACUAUAAUAAUAUUCAUGUUUUAUGUAAUAUAGACCAUUAUUUUAAACUAUAUUACAAGUUAUUUUAAGUAGUAGUAAGGCACUCUCACAAGUACAUUUAAGUUUAACUAGUCAAUUAGACAAACUGUUAAUAUUUUAGUAUCGGAAAUAAUUUGUUUCUUGAAUCUCGUAAUUUUAUAAAUAGUACUUUUUAAAACAAACAUUUUCACCAGUUUUUUUUAUUCUAAAGAAACACACUUAUUCCAUGAAGUAUGGUUUUAUACUAAUUAUAAGUACACUACUACUAUACUACUAGCUUGGCAAGUUUGUUGAUGACACUCCCAUGAUAUGCGGGCGACGGGAGGGGACGACUGCGCGGGUAGUGCCCCACUCCCGGCUCCCGCGGGCCAUCCGGAGUGUUAUGAACGAAUUUGCCAAGCUAUAACUAUUAAACUUUAACUUUAUACUAGAAGUUGUGUCAUGAUAACUAUUUAUUAUAUCAAUAUGACAAUAACUAAAUGCUCCGCACAACACAUAACGCCAGUGGCAAUAAAACAAUGCAGUACACUAUAUAAAAAAUGUAUUAGGUAUAUACCUGCUUAAAUUAUAAGUAAUCAUUAACAAAGUAUAAAUAUUUUUUUUUUAAUAUUAUGUUGUGUUAAGGUAGCACUUUGUUCUAUAAAAUGAAUUUUAUUAUCAUAAAAAAGCAUCUAUACAGUUGCUUUGAAUAUUAAUUUUUAAUUUUUCCUUUUUACUUUUGGCAAAAGAUUUUCACUAGACUAUGGUCUAGUAUUUCACUACCAUAGAGAUAUUAUUUUGAAGAUGUACUCUAUAGAUGCACUAGUUUUAUAUGAUCUGCUAAAAACUACAAUCUCGAAUUACUUAUUUAAUUAUCAUUAUAGAAUAAGUUUUGAAGUACAGCAUUACAGGAGACGUGUCAUUGUCUCAGUGUAAGUUGACAACUACAUACAAUUUAGAAAGAUAUUUAUAAACACAACUAUAUUUCAGUACAUUCACCAUACAUUAUCACUAUAUAUUGUAUAAUGUAUUAUAAAACACAAUUUUGUAUACAAUUGUGGUAUAUUGUGAAGCGACAGGUAUUUAGAUGUUAAGAAGUACAUUGUUGAAUUUUUAUUUAUGUUACUUGAAUAUAGUUGUUUUAAACA